AUACCACCUUAAGUUCAUCAUCCCUCACUCCCACUCUCACUGAAAAUGGUGGAGCUGCUCUCCUCUAACCUGGAAAGUGUUACCUCGUAGUUGUUAAUUGGGUGCCUGAGGUCAGGAUUGGAAGUGCCUGCUGAAACCAGACCAUUAUACUUUAACCCAGAAGAUUUUCUGACCAUCCAACGGCUUGCGGGUACUUCCAAGUUUGUACUACAAUGGCAGAAUACGAGAGCAGCCACCAUAACUAUACGAUACCAAAAGAAACAGCCCUGCAAGCACUGAACACCAUAAUACAGCUUCAUUUUGAGAAAACCCUAGAGAAGAAACGAGCCGUGGACCAACAGAAGAAAGAGCUAUGGAAGCUUUUCCAACUCUUCUUCCUGUUCUUGGCCCUAGUAUUUAUGGCCCAGGUCCAGUCCUCUCGACUCCAGUGCCACCACUGCUGGGUACCCAUUGGCCUCCUCUCCCUUUCCCACCUCAUCUUCUAUGUUUCAGUGGCUCAGACUCUCAGGUGUAUCAACGGGUUUAAGUAUCAGAGGAGAUGCCACAAGCUGACACUUGGGCUAGCCACCGAGCGGCUCUGCCAGAUCAGGAUGAGAAUGAGUGGUGUGGUUGCUGGAGGAGGUGAAGAUGUUCUGAGGGAUGACUAUGAAAUUCAUUAUCAAGAACCACCAGACAGUUAUUUUGGUAAGUUUAAGAGGAACUGGGCUCUACAUUUUGGGUUCUUGAUCUUGGUCUAUAUGUUUAUGGUAUCGUCCUCUGUUGUUCUUCUAUGUUUCUAAUAUUUGUGUCAAAACAAUGCAGGCUUGAGCUUUCGUCUAAUUAAUGUUAUCAUUUUAUCCC